AUGGAUUCUGGGAAUCUGGUGUUGUUUAGGGAUGGUGAUGAUGAUUUGUGGCAGAGCUUUCAAAACGCAACGGAUACAUUCAUUCCUGGGAUGGUGAUGGAUACAAACAUAGAACUGACUUCAUGGAGAGACCAAGAUGACCCAGGGAUUGGGAGAUUCACCUUCAAGCUAGAUCAAGAAGGAGACAAUCAUUUUGUUAUUUCAAGAAGAUUAAUUCCUGAUUGGACAAGUGGAAAGCCAGGUGAGUUUUGUAGAAAGCCAGGUGAGUUUUGCACCUCAACUGAAAUGCCUUCUUAUGUAGUUGAUCGGUUAUCAAAUUUCAGCAAGAGUCCUGCCAUACCUAUAGGUUUUAAACCCCAGUUUGCAGAGCAAUGGGAAACUGGAAACUUUUCAGGUGGAUGUGAAAGGGAGUCGACAAUAUGUAGCAAGGACACUUUCUUGAGAUUGAAGAUGAUGAAUGUGGGAAAACCAGACACACGCAUCAAUGUUGACAAUGAAACAGGAUGCAGGAACGAGUGCUUAAAUAACUGCCAGUGCCAGGCUUUCUCAUAUGUUGCAGAGUAUGGACAUUGUGGCCAUGACCUCUCUGUUCGAGUUGCCUUAGAAUCAACCGUAAGAGACUGCAAGCCUUGUGGCACAACCGUCAUUCCUUAUCCCCUCAGCACUGGAUCGGAUUGCGGUGACCCCAUGUACUUCCGUUUCAACUGCAACACCAGCACAGGCCUGGUUAGGUUCGUGGGACAGAAUAAAUCCUCGUUUAGAGUUAUUAGCAUCAGCCCAAGUACACGAAGAUUUGUCAUCCGAGAAAAAGAUGUGGAUAAUUGUGAUCCUAGGAACACAUCCAAAAGUCAGCAGCUCAACCUGUCACUGCCAUUUAAGGUGAUCAAUUGGUGCAAUGCCAACCUUAAUGCAGUAGAGUUGGGUUGGGAGCCGCUGACGGAACCAAGCUGUACGCAGACUGUAGGGAUUGGCCACAUUCAACUUGCACUCCAGCUAGAGAUGGAAAGAAAAAAUGCCUUUGCAAUUCCAAUUUUCAGUGGAAUGGCUUAA